AUGUCUCGGAACGUCUUGACGCGUCCAGACAAAGUUCCCGCUUUGAUUUUAUGGUUCUUUGACUCUCGAGGUGGAUUCAGUCCAGGCAAAACCUCACAGCCAGUCGAUGAUUGGGUAGACGAGUCCGUUGCAAGGUGGCUUGAGCGUGAGACUCGAAUAAUGAACGAUGCUUGGGGGCCCGCUGAAGGUCGACAGGCGUUAGCGUUUGUGCAUAUCCCCCCGCAUGCAAUCCAGGCUGUACAAGCCACCCUGGACCCAGAUACUAACCCAGGUUUAGACGCCGAUACACUGGGAGGCGGGUCGACGCAGGCUACCGUGGACUCCAACGACCUUGGCAACGACGAGGUGUGGUGGAGUGCCUUGACGAAAAACGUAAAGAACUUAAGAGCAAUCGUUUCUGGACACGAUCACGGAAACGAAUGGUGUGCUCGCGAGCCAAAGGCAGAUGUAAUAUUCUGCUUUGACAAACACUCGGGAUACGGCGGAUAUGGCGACCGCUCCUGGGGCUUUGGCGUUCGCAAUUUCCUUUUCAACUCACCUAAACCUGAGGCCCCGCUGGAGACUUGGAUACGGCUGGAAUCGGGUGUUACGCGAGCGAAGGUGGUGCUGGAUUCGAAUUUCGAUGUUUAG